AUGGCUGUGUUUUGGGUGGUGUGGAUGGAGAGGAAUAAGAGAAUUUUUUAUGAUGAUAAGGGUGACAAGAUCGACCCGCUUUGGGACUGGCUUCGUAUUCCAAGAACCAAUUCAAUCGGGAAAGUUUCUGACUCCAGUGCAAUUGUCACUGACAAUUUUCCAAACUCAGAAGAUGCGAUUCGUAGAGGAGAAUAUGCAGUCAUAAGAAGCUUGAUUCGAGUAUUAGAGGGUGGUGUUGAAGGCAAAAGACAAGUGGAUAAAGUUAUUGACAAGUGCGCCUCUAUGCAGAAUUUUGAUCUCAGUAAAAAUGUUUCUAUUGAAUCCAAGUACAGAACUUACGUGAAGCAAUUGCCACUUAUCGCAAUAGUAUUCUGCGCCAACCAAUGA